GUAUCCAGCCUUCACUGGACCAUUGGAUACCUUGGAUCUGUUCCUGCAUCUCUGUACGCCUCGACACGAUCUUCCUGCAGGGCUCAAGGCGCGUUACAUCCACGGCUCUUCCGCUCGGUAUUCCCUUUGCCACAACCUUAUCGCACCUCGUUUCCGAGUACCAGGUCACUUAACCAGCGGAAAAAUUAUUCUUCAUGGCCCAUUUACUACGCUACCCUUCCGAGAUCCCAAUGCGGUCGAUCAACAAAGAGACGGAGGCCGUUGAGCUAGACCAACUCUUUGAAAGCUACGUUGAGACAGACCUCUUCCAGCAACUGACUACUUCUGUUGCCGACCCGUCUGGAUCCGACGAUCUGGCACACCUCUUUGACCUGUCUUCGUCCAAUGGGAAUGAACUUUUUGGCUUCACGCCUAUACUUCAUCGAGAUUCAGAGCCUUGGCAUAAGGCCACACAACUAGGUUCUCAAAACCCAGCCUUUUCCUCUGAUUCAUUGGGCUCUUCAGUAAAUUACAGCCUUUCCCGUGGCAAGUCGACCUCAAGCGACAGUGACACGCUCAGUUUUGAGGACCUUUUCGAACUUGAGAGGAAUCAACUACGAUCCAUCUCUCAGCCUCCUACACCACGACCUACUACAGCUACAAGCUCCAGCGCCAGCAGUAGCUCCAAGUGCAUUAAGAAAGCCCAGUCAUUCCCGGACCGAGCCGUCUCGCGUGGCGUUCAGAAGUCACUGAAGAAGUGUCCAAGUUCGAGCUUCGCAAAGACUGCCAAAAUGAUGCAGCCUUCAUAUUACCGCACGCCCGUCCCACACAUGUGGGCACGUAAGAUGGAUAGUGCUGUCGACCUGCACGCACACGUGCUUCCUAUCAACAUGCAUUCGCCACCUCCGUCAUCCAAGUUCGGUCAAGAUGAAUGUGCGGACGGCUUCUUUGCUCAGCAUCACCACCAGCAACCUUACACAACCACACGGUCUCCAAUUGUAGAAAGUGGCUCAUCUCCAGACAUGGGAUUUUCCAACUAUCAACUCACACCACAAGCAUCGCCAGCCAUUGGUGUACAUAACAACAGCGAUCCUUUUAGCCAGAACAUUGGUAUGGCAUUCUCAUCAGCAGCAUCGAACGCGGCCCUUGCAGCCUACACUCCUCCCAGCUCCGUCAGGAUACCCAUGUCAACCUGGGGACCCACUGACUCACCGGCCAUGGACUUCCCCUACUCAACUUGCUCCUCUGACUUCGCCACCACCAAGACCGCAGGCUGGUGGAACGAUGAGUCCAUGCCCAUUGCUCAGCAGUCAUAUCCAACACAACAUCGCGAAUCACAUGCACGUUCUACUUCACAAACUGGCCCAUUGUCCAUGGCCGGUCUAGGCAUUUCAUGCGAUAUGUCCAGCUUCAGCGACAUGAGCGAGUACCAGUCCCAGCCCGACAUGGCCUCAUACCAUCAAGCAAUAUACCCGGCCGCGCCACUGCACCAGGCCCACCCCCACCCAGAGAACCUUGUCCCCAUCGGCACCCGUCCCCUGUCCCGCUCACCCAGCCCAACACCGCAGCCGCGCUUCCACCGCCGCCGCCCCUCAGGCCAAGCACCACGCGCCUCCGCCACAGCCGGGCGGCGAAAGUCCUCCCACUCCCUCCACGGCAGCUCCCGCACGCCCAGCACCGCCAGCGCCGCUGCCAAUGUGGGCUUCGUCAACUUCACCCCCGACGACAGCCGGAAGAUCCUCACCGGCGUCGCCCCAUCCGGCAGCUCCAAGACCAAGGCCCGCCGCGAGAAGGAGGCUGCCGACAAGCGCCGCAAGCUGAGCCAGGCCGCCGUCAAGGCGGUCAUGGAGGCCGGCGGCGAUGUCGAGCGCCUCAAGAUGCUGGAGCGCGAGGGCCUGUGUGUGUUUGAGGGCUAGGUAGCUUCGACUCGCCGCGAGGCUGGAGUUGGCUCCCUAGACUCGCCCGCGGCGCGCGUACAUCGCAUCCUGUCCUGCUCAUAGAUUAUCGAGCGGUGAUGGACAAAGGGGCUGGUUUUUAAUUAGUCGACGUAUUUACUGUCCUGGAGAGGUAAUGCGUACAUAGCACGAAGGUUAUACACUUCAAAUAGCGGAAUAGUCAAGUAGUAAUCACAUUGAAUCAUCACC